AGAUAUUGUCAUUAAUUUCUAAGUAGUCUGUGGUCACUAACGUCAUAAAAGUGAACGCGGCACGCAUGGAUGAAAUAAAGGAAGAUUUCUCAUCUUAGCACGCCAUUAAUAAUCUCUCAAUAUUGUAUUAUCAUACGUGUUAAAUCAAAACAUUGUCCAUAAUUAAGAUAAUACCACAGUAAUUACUUAUUUCUUUGUAGUUAAAACGAUAAUUUUAAACCAGCAAAACAAUGGCAUCGACAGAAGGUCGUGGAAUUCAGUCAAACUUACAUCAGCAAGAUUUAUCUAAAUUGGAUGUAACAAAACUUUCUGCCCUAUCGCCCGAAGUUAUUUCUAGACAAGCAACUAUCAACAUUGGCACUAUUGGCCAUGUAGCUCAUGGAAAAUCUACUGUAGUGAAGGCAAUUUCAGGAGUUCAGACAGUCAGAUUCAAAAAUGAACUGGAGAGAAACAUUACCAUUAAAUUAGAGCCCCUGUCCGAAUCGGUUGUGAGAAUGUAUCGUGAAAGGGCAGACGAGAAAGAUGAAAAAAUUUUUCAUGACAAAUUAAAAAGAUGUAAGAAAAGAAACUUAUCUAUUGAUUCUGAAGAAGAACAAAUUGUGUCUGUUGCCAAAAAACAAAAGAAAGGAAUAAAAACUCAAGAAUUCAUUAUUGAAAAAAUACUUGAUUUUAAGCAUGAAUCAGGAAAAAUCUAUUUUUUUGUAAAAUGGAAGGGAUGGCCCAAUAGUGAAAACACAUGGGAACCUAUUGAGCACCUUGAUAAUUGUCCUAAAGUAUUAAAUGAAUUUUUAGCAAAUGAAGAAUUAAAACACUGUAAUAAAAUAGAAGAACUAAAAAAUGAAAUUUCAUUUGGUAAUCUUUUGUCUAAUGAAGUUCUUCUUGAAAGGUUGGAUGAAGUGGAGGAAAUUGAUAUUACAAAUUUGAAAACUUCACUAAUAAUAAAAUUGUUGUCAAUGAUAUAUCUUCCAGAAAAAGAUGAAUGUUAUGCUUUUGAGCUUGUUCAAGAUGCUAGAAAUCUUUUACAAAUGUAUGUAUUAACAAGAAAAAGAUGUCGUCAAUUGAUGAAACUCAAAGAUUGGGAAGAACAUUUAAAUCAAGUAGAUAAAUCCAAAAAACUAACAGUUGAGAAUAAUGUAGAUCUGGAUGGUCCACCAGAGAAUUUCACAUAUAUUAAUCAGUCUAUACCUGGCUCUGGUGUUACUAUUCCUAAUGACCCACCAAUUGGUUGUGAAUGUUUAGCUUGUAAUUGCCGUUCUAAAUCAUGUUGUGGUAUGCAAGGAGGUAUAUUUGCUUAUACAGCAAAAAAACGAUUGCGGGUAGCACCUGGUACACCAAUAUAUGAAUGUAACAAAGCAUGCAAAUGCUCUUUAGAUUGUUGUAAUCGAGUUGUACAAAAUGGACGAAAUUUAAAACUUAGUAUCUUUCGUACAUCUAAUGGAUGUGGUUGGGGUGUAAAAACGGAUCAGACAAUAAAACAAGGCCAGUUUAUUUGUCAAUAUGUUGGAGAAGUUAUAACCUUCGAAGAAGCAGAAAAACGUGGCAGAGAGUAUGAUGCUAGAGGACUUACCUAUUUAUUUGAUCUAGACUUUAAUUCUGUUGAAAAUCCUUAUGUGGUAGAUGCAGCACAUUUGGGCAACGUUUCACACUUUAUCAAUCACUCUUGUGAACCAAAUUUGGGAGUAUGGGCUGUAUGGGCUGAUUGCCUUGAUCCCAACUUACCAAUGUUAGCAUUAUUUGCAACACGGGAUAUUGAUGCGGGUGAAGAACUUUGUUUUGACUACUUACAAAAAUCUUCAGAUAGUGAUGAUAAUGAAGCUAAUGUUUCAUCUCAAAAUCAGGUAGUAACAACAGAUGAUGAUGAAAUCAAUAUUCCAAAUGGUUCUGAAGGUGGUAUGGCUACAUCUCCAAUAUCACCUUUGAAGUCUAGAUUUGAAAUUCAGCAACAGAAUAUGGCUAUGCUUAGAAAUCGCACAGAAUGCAAAUGUGGAGCAGUAAAAUGUCGAAAGUACUUAUUUUAAAAAUAAUGCAAUCCUAUUAUCCUAUACUUAUUUUAAAAAUAAUUUUAUCCUUGUUUUCUUGGACUAUGUUUGCAAAUAUUAAUUGUUUGUAUUGAAUCUCUGUUUCAUUAUUAUUAUAAAUGAUGUAGUAUUUUUUUAAAAGCAAUUUUAAGUUUAUUUAAAUGAUUUGCUACAAAUAUGGAAAAUGAAGCUUGCACAAAUAGAAAAUAAGAUAAUGUAGUAAGUUGAUAAUUAGAAUUAAUGCAUUUUUUAAUAAUAAAUAAUGUGAGACCUCUUUGAUUGUUUAUAGGAGUAAUGUAUUAAAAUCUUGUUAAUUUUAAUCUUACUUUAGCCUAAUUACCAUUUCCAAGGAAAGAUUGAGAUGAAAUCAUUAUUGUUGGAUUUGAGUAGAAGCACAUUAUCAACUAUAUAUAUUUCAUCAAAAAGGACCACGAUUUUCUUAAAUUUGUUGUUAUAGUAACAGUUUAACUGUUUUUAUACUUUUUAUUUCUUUCUAUAACAUAUUUAAAUACACUAUCGGCACUUAAUGGAUGAAAGUUUAAAAUUAACUAAGUUAUAUAUAAUUUCUCUAUUAGUAUCAUAUAAUGUUAUAUAUUAUUUUUGAAUGAAUGCAGAAAUGACUGGGAAUAGAGAAGAAUGGAAGAGGAAAACAUAUUACGCCGACCCCAAAUAAUAAUUGGGAUAAGGGUAAGAAGAUGAUGAAUGUUAUAUAUUAUUAUUAAACAAACUUAACUGUUUCUGAAUACGCUUAGCCUACCUAUAUUUUUAAAACCCGAUAAAAUAUGAACCCUUAUGUAACACAUGGGUGUACAUAACUCAAAUUUGCCAAGUGUUUGUCUUUUUUCAUUGCCUAUGGUAUUGUUUUGUAUGUAAUACAGAUUUUUUAAAAAUUUCAAUACAAAGGGGACUACACGUCUAGACAAAUGGCAAGCAAAUUCAUCGAUGACGAAUCCGUGAGUUAGAAUGAGAUAGCAAUUUCGGAUGUCUUAAACCAAUUGAUGGACUCUCUUGCGAUAAUGAUUCCAUCAAUGAAUUAGCUUGCCACUUGUCUAAAAGAGUUAGUUAAUAUCAAAUACCUGUCGAAUUAAUAUUGUCUUUAAAAACAUAUGCCUUAUUGUAAAACUAAGUAAGUCUAUAUAUAAUUUCAAAAAUUUAAAUUCAUAAUGAAAUUUAUCCAUUAAAAUAAAUAUUUAAUACUUUAAUGGUGCUAAAUUUUGUGCCUUCAACUAACUCCAUGGACUGGAUAAUAUAAAUAAUAAUAUUAAUAGACAAUAUCACAUUCUAUUUAAAUUAUUCUAUGAAGUAUGUUAGUAAUAUUAAGGAUAUAAAAUUAUGUUGUCUAUAAGCUUUACUGUUGCACACAUAACUCACAGAUAAGUAAAUAUAAUAUCCAUAGGAAAACCAAAUUUGUUUUAUAUUAUUAAUGUACAAUGAUGUUUUAAAUUAAAUGUAUGGAAAGCUGUCAAUCAGUAUAAAUUACAACUUAUUAUUAGAAGUAUUUCAUUAUAAUAAUAAAAUCAUAGUUAAUGUAUAUUCCUAUGACAGUACAGUAUAAUGGGAAAACAAAAAUUUUAAAACUAGAAAUGAUCAUGGAUGAUCCAAGACCAUUCACCACUUUGAAUUGAUGAAUAGUUCACUACACUAUUUUCCUACCAGCUGAUGAAGCUUUCCUAAUAUACGAAUAUUGUCUAUGACGCUAUUUUACAUAAUUACUAUGUAUGUUGGAAUAAUUAAAAUUGCUAUAGAAACAACAUUGUU